AGUUGAAGGAUGGCAGGUAAAUCGACAGUGUUAUCGUUGUGUGUUUCAACAUGGCCACCAACGAUAGCAAAGCUCCGCUUAGAAAUGUUAAAAAGGUGCAAUUUGGGAUACUUAGCCCGGAUGAAAUACGACGCAUGUCAGUUACGGAAGGGGGCAUACGCUUUCCCGAAACAAUGGAAGCUGGACGCCCAAAACUUGGUGGCCUUAUGGAUCCGAGACAAGGGGUGAUCGAUAGAAGUUCUCGAUGCCAAACUUGUGCAGGAAAUAUGACUGAAUGUCCGGGACACUUUGGCCACAUUGAUCUUUCAAAACCUGUCUUUCAUGUUGGGUUUAUUACAAAAACCAUCAAAAUAUUAAGAUGCGUUUGCUUUUAUUGCAGCAAAUUAUUAGUCAGCCCAAAUAAUCCAAAAAUAAAAGAAGUUGUAAUGAAAACAAAGGGUCAACCUCGUAAACGUUUGGCUUUCGUUUACGAAUUAUGUAAAGGUAAAAAUAUCUGCGAAGGCGGUGAUGAAAUGGAUGUUGGAAAAGAAGGUGAAGACCCAAAUAGUCAAAAAAAACAAGGUCACGGUGGGUGCGGCCGUUACCAACCAAAUUUGCGGCGAUCCGGUUUGGAUUUAACAGCCGAAUGGAAACACGUUAAUGAAGAUUCGCAAGAGAAAAAAAUAUCUGUAUCCGCAGAACGAGUUUGGGAAAUUUUAAAACAUAUCACGGAUGAGGAAUGUUUUAUUUUGGGCAUGGAUCCGAAAUUUGCACGCCCCGAUUGGAUGAUUGUCACAGUUUUACCAGUUCCACCAUUACCUGUAAGACCAGCUGUUGUUAUGUAUGGUUCAGCAAAAAAUCAAGAUGAUUUAACACAUAAAUUAGCCGAUAUUAUUAAAUCAAAUAAUGAGUUGCAAAGAAAUGAGAGUUCCGGGGCGGCUGCUCAUGUGAUAUCAGAAAACAUCAAAAUGUUGCAGUUUCAUGUCGCAACGUUAGUUGAUAAUGAUAUGCCCGGAAUGCCACGUGCCAUGCAAAAAUCUGGGAAACCAUUAAAAGCGGUUAAAGCUCGAUUAAAAGGCAAAGAAGGUAGGAUUCGAGGUAAUCUCAUGGGAAAACGUGUUGAUUUCUCAGCACGUACUGUAAUCACACCAGAUCCCAAUUUGAGAAUUGAUCAAGUUGGAGUUCCAAGAAGUAUUGCUCAAAAUCUAACGUUCCCGGAAAUUGUUACUCCAUUUAAUUUUGAUAAAAUGAUGGAAUUAGUACAACGUGGUAAUUCUCAAUAUCCCGGUGCUAAAUAUAUUGUUCGUGAUAAUGGUGAGAGAAUCGAUCUUAGAUUUCAUCCAAAACCGUCAGAUUUACAUCUUCAAUGCGGUUACAAAGUUGAGAGACACAUUCGCGAUGGCGAUUUAGUAAUUUUCAAUCGUCAGCCAACCCUUCACAAGAUGAGUAUGAUGGGUCAUCGAGUUAAAGUUCUUCCAUGGUCAACAUUUCGCAUGAAUUUAAGUUGUACGUCGCCGUAUAACGCCGAUUUUGAUGGCGACGAAAUGAAUUUGCACGUUCCGCAAAGUAUGGAAACGAGGGCUGAAGUCGAAAACUUACAUAUCACUCCCCGUCAGAUUAUAACCCCGCAAGCGAAUAAACCCGUCAUGGGCAUUGUACAGGACACUUUAACGGCAGUUCGAAAAAUGACCAAAAGAGAUGUGUUUAUUGAAAAGGAGCAAAUGAUGAAUUUAUUGAUGUUUUUGCCAAUUUGGGAUGGAAAAAUGCCUCGACCCGCUAUUUUAAAACCUAAACCUUUAUGGACGGGGAAACAAUUGUUUUCAUUGAUUAUUCCUGGAAAUGUAAAUAUGAUUAGAACGCAUUCAACACAUCCUGAUGAAGAGGAUGAUGGUCCUUAUAAAUGGAUUUCACCAGGAGAUACAAAAGUAAUGGUAGAACAUGGUGAAUUAAUAAUGGGAAUUUUAUGUAAAAAAACAUUGGGAACAUCAGCCGGUUCUCUUCUUCAUAUUUGUAUGUUAGAAUUAGGACAUGAAGUUUGCGGUAGAUUCUACGGUAACAUUCAAACUGUAAUUAAUAAUUGGCUUUUAUAUGAAGGUCACAGUAUCGGUAUUGGAGAUACAAUCGCCGAUCCUCAAACUUACUUAGAAAUUCAGAAAGCGAUCAAAAAAGCCAAAGAAGAUGUAAUAGAGGUUAUUCAAAAAGCCCACAACAUGGAACUCGAACCGACUCCCGGUAACACUUUAAGGCAAACCUUCGAAAAUCAAGUAAACAGAAUCCUAAACGACGCUCGUGACAAAACUGGCGGUUCGGCUAAAAAAUCUUUAACGGAAUAUAAUAAUUUAAAAGCUAUGGUAGUUUCCGGGUCGAAAGGUUCGAAUAUUAAUAUUUCGCAAGUUAUUGCUUGCGUGGGGCAACAAAACGUUGAAGGUAAACGAAUUCCGUUUGGAUUUCGUAAAAGGACGCUUCCUCAUUUUAUUAAAGACGACUACGGUCCUGAAUCAAGAGGCUUCGUUGAAAACUCAUAUUUAGCCGGGUUAACACCAUCAGAAUUUUAUUUCCACGCUAUGGGUGGUCGUGAAGGUUUAAUUGAUACAGCUGUAAAAACAGCCGAAACAGGUUACAUUCAACGUCGAUUGAUAAAAGCCAUGGAAUCCGUUAUGGUAAACUACGACGGGACCGUACGUAACUCCGUCGGGCAAUUAAUUCAGUUAAGAUACGGCGAAGACGGGCUUUGUGGUGAAAUGGUCGAAUUCCAAACGCUCCCAACAAUUAAGUUAAGCAAUAAAUCGUUUGAAAGAAAGUUUCGAUUUGAUCCAAGCAAUGAACGUUAUUUGCGAAGAGUAUUUAAUGAGGAUGUUAUAAGAGAAUUGAUGGGUUCAGGUGAAGUCAUAUCAGAAUUAGAAAGGGAAUGGGAUCAAUUGCAAAAAGAUAGGGAAGCUUUAAGACAAAUCUUUCCAAACGGAGAAUCAAAAGUCGUACUCCCAUGUAAUUUACAACGAAUGAUUUGGAACGUGCAAAAAAUCUUUCAUAUUAAUAAAAGAGCCCCAACAGAUUUAUCCCCGUUACGGGUCAUACACGGAGUUCGCGACCUCCUAACAAAAUGUAUCAUCGUCGCUGGUGAUGAUCGCCUUUCAAAACAAGCAAACGAAAACGCCACUUUAUUAUUCCAAUGUUUAGUUCGAUCCACUUUAUGCACUAAAUGUGUUUCAGAAGAAUUUCGAUUAAACAUAGCCGCUUUCGAAUGGUUAAUUGGUGAAAUUGAAACUCGUUUUCAACAAGCUCAAGCAAACCCCGGUGAGAUGGUUGGCGCUUUAGCAGCUCAAUCCCUCGGAGAACCCGCCACUCAAAUGACAUUAAACACUUUCCACUUCGCCGGUGUAUCAUCAAAGAACGUAACGUUGGGUGUCCCGAGAUUAAAAGAAAUUAUUAAUAUCUCGAAAAAACCUAAAGCCCCAUCUCUAACCGUUUUCUUAACCGGUGCCGCCGCUCGCGAUGCCGAAAAAGCCAAAAAUGUUUUAUGCAGAUUAGAACACACAACUUUAAGGAAAGUAACCGCGAAUACAGCUAUUUAUUACGACCCCGAUCCCCAGAAUACCGUGAUUCCGGAAGAUCAAGAAUUCGUUAAUGUUUACUAUGAAAUGCCUGAUUUUGACCCAACUAGAAUUUCGCCGUGGUUACUUCGUAUUGAAUUGGACCGAAAACGAAUGACCGAUAAAAAAUUAACGAUGGAACAAAUAGCUGAAAAAAUCAACGCAGGUUUUGGAGAUGAUUUAAAUUGCAUUUUUAACGAUGAUAACGCGGAAAAAUUAGUUUUACGUAUUCGAAUAAUGAACAGUGACGAUGGAAAAUUCGGCGAAGGAGGUGACGAAGAUAUUGACAAAAUGGACGACGACAUGUUCUUAAGAUGUAUCGAAGCGAAUAUGUUGAGUGACAUGACAUUGCAAGGGAUCGAAGCCAUUUCAAAAGUAUACAUGCAUUUACCACAAACUGACGCUAAAAAACGUAUUGUGAUCACAGAAGCUGGCGAAUUUAAAGCAAUUGGAGAAUGGUUAUUAGAAACUGAUGGAACGAGUAUGAUGAAAGUUUUAUCUGAACGAGAUGUAGAUCCAGUACGAACAUUCUCCAACGAUAUUUGCGAAAUAUUCGCUGUACUUGGUAUCGAAGCCGUACGUAAAUCGGUCGAAAAAGAAAUGAACGCCGUUUUACAAUUUUACGGUUUGUACGUAAACUACCGCCAUCUUGCGUUACUUUGUGACGUAAUGACCGCUAAAGGUCAUUUGAUGGCGAUUACGCGUCACGGAAUUAAUAGACAAGAUACUGGUGCUUUGAUGAGAUGUUCUUUUGAAGAAACUGUUGAUGUAUUAAUGGAUGCAGCUUCGCACGCGGAAGUCGAUCCAAUGAGAGGUGUGUCUGAGAAUAUUAUAAUGGGACAAUUGCCGAGAAUGGGAACGGGAUGUUUCGAUUUGUUAUUGGACGCCGAUAAAUGUAAAAUGGGAAUUGCUAUUCCUCAAGCUCACGCUGGUGAUUUGAUGUCAUCGGGAAUGUUCUUUGGAUCUGCUGCUACACCGAGUAUGAGUCCUAGUGGUGGGAUGACUCCGUGGAAUCAAGCGCAAACUCCGUUUGCUGGAGGAAGUGUUUGGUCGCCACAAAAUUUGCUUGGAAGUGGUAUGACACCAGGUGGUCCUGCAUUUUCGCCAUCGGCUGCAUCAGACGCAUCGGGAAUGUCGCCGGCUUAUGGUGCUGGGUGGUCUCCAACACCUCAAUCUCCAGCAAUGUCACCUUACGUGCCAUCUCCAUGCGCGCAAUCUCCUUCUUAUAGCCCUUCAAGUCCGGCAUUCCAACCGGCUUCGCCAUCUUUGACUCCGGUUUCUUCUGGAUACUCGCCGAGUUCUCCUGGUUAUUCGCCAACCAGUCCUAAUUAUAGUCCAACGUCACCAAAUUAUUCUCCAACCUCACCUAGUUAUUCACCGACGUCGCCGAGUUACUCUCCGACUUCGCCGAGUUAUUCUCCGACCUCUCCGAGUUAUUCGCCGACUUCUCCGAGUUAUUCUCCUACUUCACCGAGUUAUUCUCCCACAAGUCCGGGUUAUUCCCCAACUUCACCUAAUUACUCGCGUACAUCUCCAAGUUAUUCACCAACUUCGCCGAGUUAUUCCCCGACUUCUCCGAAUUAUUCUCCAACGUCACCGGGAUAUUCCCCAACAUCUCCAAGUUAUUCUCCAACUUCUCCAAGUUACUCCCCUACUUCUAGAACUUAUUCACCAUCGUCGCCUAAUUAUUCACCAACUUCUCCAAAUUAUUCACCAUCUUCUCCACGUUACACUCCAGAUUCUCCGAACUACUCGCCUAGUAGUCCAAGUUAUUCACCUGCUUCUCGUUCAUAUUCUCCAGCUUCGCCUAAAUAUUCACCAACGUCUCCCAGUUAUUCGCCGACUUCUCCGUCGUUCGCUGGAGGAAGUCCGCAAUACUCGCCUACUUCACCUGGUUAUUCCCCUUCUUCACCAAAUUACUCACCAUCAUCUCCGCAACAUACCCCAGCGGCAAGUUCAAGGUAUUCACCGUCUUCGCCUAAUUAUUCCCCGACUUCACCUAAUUAUUCUCCUACUUCCCCACAAUAUUCACCGCACAGUACAAAAUAUUCACCUACUUCACCGACGUAUACACCAACUUCACCUAGUUAUUCUCCUGCGAGUCCUGCUUAUUCACCACAACCGCCUAGAUAUUCGCCGUCGUCUCCGGGUUAUUCACCUACAAGUCCUAAUCCGGAUCAAGAUUAAAAGAAAUAAUGAAGAAAUUGAUGUUGAAUUAAUUAAAGGAGAGUGAAGAAAUUUUUUAUAUAAGUAGUGUU